UGGCACACUGCCGCACACACGAAUUAUCUGGAUAGAGAUUUGGAUUGGAUUUACGAUGUCUCUCUUAUACAUGACGUUUGUGCUGCAGCAUGGGUGGAUUUAAGACUAUAUAUUCCAUCAAUUAUCUGAUGAAAAACCAUCCCUAGAGGCUGGAGGCAAAAGAAAAGUCAAGACAAUUGUUUCACAACUCAGGCACCCCUUUCUCCUAAGAUUUAGAUAUGAUUUGAUAGAUGCAUUCUUUUACUCAUUGUUUAAUGACAGUGAUGAUUGGAGAACACUGAAUGUAUGGAAUGCAGAAUAUUGCCAAUUUGGUAUAUAUUAGCAAUGGGUACAAAGCAGCCACAAGACCACUGGCUUAGCUGAGGUUAUAUUUUGUCACAUUUAGGUAUAAUAAUUUAUUGAUGGUAUGUACAUAUCAUAUAUAGUCAGGGACAAGUCACUUGGAUGUCUUGGAUGGGCUGAUUAAUUGCUCAACAAUAUAAAAUGUCACGAGGUUUAAAAGUUUUAUCAAAGUUAAAAAGCAAAGCAGUGUCAUCUUUAAAUCUGAAAAAUAAAAGCCAGAAUAUUACAGUAAAAGCAAUCUUAAAGAAUGUCCCAUCACAUCUUGCCCAGCCACCAUAUGCGAUGAAUGGUAUUGUACCACCAUCACCAUUACAAGCAGAAGUAAAAACAUCAAGUGAAAUCAAAUGCAUGAAAGAGGCAUGUGCUGUUGCAAGGAAAGUUCUGAAUACUGCAAGAGAUUUUGUGAAGGUCGGUGUAUCGACUGAAGAAAUUGAUCAAAUUGUCCAUGAUGCCGCCAUUGAACGGGGAGUUUAUCCUUCGCCGUUAAACUACAAAGGUUUUCCCAAAUCAGUGUGUACCUCGGUGAAUGACGUCGUCUGUCAUGGUAUUCCAGAUACUGACACGAUACUAAAGGAUGGUGAUAUAAUAAAUGUCGAUGUUUCGGUCUAUUUAAAAGGUUUUCACGGAGAUUUGUCAGAGACAUUUUUGGUGGGUAACGUUGACGACGGUGGUAAACGGCUUGUGUCAGUUACCAAAGAUUGUCUCUAUGCUGCGAUCAAUGUUUGCAAACAUAAUGAGCGUUUUUCGUUGAUUGGAAAAACUAUAAGUGAUAUUGCAAAAAGAAAUGGUUUUCAUGUUGUUCCAAAUUUCAUUGGUCAUGGGAUAGGCCGCUAUUUUCACGGCCCACCGGAUAUUUUCCACUUUGAGAAUGAAAAUUUAGAUAGGAUGAAAUCUGGAAUGACAUUUACAAUAGAACCAAUUAUCACUGAAGGCUUUCCGGAUUUUGUUAUUCUGGAUGAUGGCUGGACGUGCGUUUCUUGCGAUGGAAGUAGGUCAGCCCAAUUUGAACACACAAUUCUUAUAACGGACAACGGAGCAGAAAUCUUGACCGUUGAUAAUACAACAGGGUGUCAAACGCUGUUGCAAUACAAUACGAAAAACUCAGGAGGAAACUAGUGCAAAAAAAUGAGAAAUAGAAAACAGGAAGCCAAUCUACAUUAAUAAAGAGAUAGACUGCACUAUUGUUGUGAAUCAUAUCGCUUGAAAUCUCUCCGACUAUUCUGUCCUCUUGAUCCGUAAGGCCAGUUAAGUACAAAUGGCGGAGUGGAAUGCACAAAGUGAACCCCAAGACAACGAAUAAUAUUGACAUUAUCAUUGGCACUCGAGUGUUGCAGCCUGGUAUGAUGCGUAAACUAGGUAUAACGAUUUCCAUAACACUUUUUAUUUUUCUUCCAACGGGUAGAAGAAAGUACUUGAGGACGAGUAUCGACAGUAAACAAUACAUAAUAAGACCAAGACAAAGCCAGAUCGAGUUCUCUUUAAUCAAAAUGGACCAACCUGGAAAAGUAUAAGAGUAAGAGUAUAUAAACCCGGCCGCAGCUAUAACGUGAGUCCUAAAAAUUGGUAUGUGCUUACAUUAUCAUAGCCCUAAAUAAAAGAGUCGACUUAUAUCAGUUAUGUUUUCGCAACCGGCAUAAGUCUCAUUUAAGCUUGCGGAGAAGCUAAAUGUCAGCGGAAAAGACAUCCGUCUGGCAGAAGUGAAUAUAUGAAUAAACACCCCCAAGGCGUUUUAGUUUCUGUUCUGAGCUCAAACCACAGAGUAUAUGAUAGAUAUGGAGCUGGAACUAGUGUACUCACUUUUUUAGUGCGCAUGUUCGGCAAGUGCUUGAGAUUGAAGGUAUAAACGACGAUAUUGUAAAGCUCCAAUUAAUCGAAAAGUUUGAGCAGACGUUUGCCAAGAAAUCCUAGCCAUUUUGAAAAUUUCAGGCACUUGCCGAGCAUGCGCAGUUGGUCACUUUGCGCACACGCGUACUGCAAAAAAGCGGGUACAAAAACGCCAUAUUUAAUUACUAUACGUCGCCCAGUGACCAACCUGGAAUACUAACUGCUAUAGUUAGCGCUAUACUUUUUUGAAGCCAAAAAUUGAAGCAAAAAACUGAGUUUUUAAUACUAGCAAAUGAUUGUAUUUUACAUAGUGCUAGACAUUCCUAGAUAAAUAAUCUCUACGUAUGUCCCAAAAGUUCAAAAACUCAGAAAAACUGCCUUAAAAUUUGGCUUCAAAGAUGGCGGCCAAGUUAGCGUUCCAGGUUUUAUCAUCACCCAUUGGCAUUGGUUCCAGCUAGUUCAAAAUCCAUCAAAGAAACAUUCAACUGCAAUACUUUGGAAAAAUGGUAACAAUUUCAUGUCUAAUCCCUUAGGGUUAGUAGCUGGUUAGGGGUUGUCCUAGAAGUGUUCAUUGCGUGAUAUUUGUAUAUUGCGUGAUAUUCUUAUAUUGCCUGCUCGCAGACUGAAUUACUAGAUAUACGUCUGUUGUCAUUACGUACGUUAUUGUUUUUAUGACGUUUUCACAGUAAAUAAAAGACUUGUUUGAUACCUCAAAAUCAUCUCACACUUCGUUUAAUCGGGUAACCGGGCUCAUGUAAACAACUGCUAACCCUAAGAGAUUAGACAAGAAAUUGUUAUAAUUUGCAGUCUGAAGUAUUGCAGUUGAAUGUUUUUUCGAUGGGUUUGACAAAAAUAGUUUGCGACAAACUUUUAACAGAAAAGCUUUUCUUAAAAUUUUCUCGUGGCCUUUCUGGGCCGCCAUACUGAAAAAAAUUUGCGUCUCGUUUUCUCAUUUUUCUUGCCGUGGGCCACUCUAGGGCCACUAUAAAAUAGGCAAUGUUAAUAUAUAUAUGUAUAUAUGUAUACCUCUU